AAGUCUUUUAAUUGAUGAAACCAAGAAGGAAGGAAGAAAUUAAGCGAAGAUGAAGAAGCUGAAUUUGUUAUUGAGGAAGUGUAAGACUUUGUCAAGGCAACUAGGAAGAAGUUCAUCUUAUAGUAGUUUAAGGUCAAAGUCUUCAAGAGAAGAUUUUUGGAAUAAUGUGGAAUCUCAUCAAGAUAAUAAAGAAGAUUCUGAGACAAUUUUUGUUGGCAACUCAAGAAGGAGAUAUGUGAUAAAAUCAAAAUACUUGAGCCAUCCACUAUUGAAUGCUCUAAUAGAGAAAUCAAAGCAGAAACAUGGGGAAAAAGAUCAUCUUUCAGUUAAGUGUGAGGUUGUGCUUUUUGAUCAUCUUCUUUGGUUACUUGAAAAUGCUGAUCCCAACAAUCUUAAUUCUGAUUCAUUUGAGGAAUUGGCUGAUCUAUAUGUUGUUUAAUUCGAUAUUAUUACUUUUUCUUUUCAUUCUCUAGUAAAAAAUAUGUUUUAGCUACAAUAUUUUUUUCAUGUAAUUAAUAGAAUGUUAAAGAGUGAUUAUCUUUCUCAUAAAUAAUGAGAAGGAUCGUAGUUUCCCAUUAUAUGUGCAUUCAUCAUUCUUUAUUCAAGUUGUUGACA